UGGUUUGUUUUGUUUGUGCUGGUCUCUUAUUGGCUGGGUUUGGAUUGAUUUCUAGCUUAUUGCUAUUUCUUUUUAUUAUCUAUUUAACUGAUUUAGAGUCAUGGAUUAUCCUAGUUCAAUGUCAAUAAAUUUGCUCCAAUGCUCACCCGAUGCUUACCAGCUCUUUGAGAAGAUAGAUGAUAAAGUUUACAGAGGAAAAUAUCUUUCAACUGGCCAAUUUUUAGCUAUUAAAACAAUUAAUCUGGAGGAAACGAAUGACACUCAAUUGGAUAAUGUAAAGAAAGAUAUUUAUUUAACAAGAUCGUUAAGACAUGAGAAUAUUUUACCAUAUCUCUCCUGUUUUCUUCAAUUUGAACAUCUAUGGAUAGUGUCACCUUAUUGUCAAUAUGGUUCUGCAUCCGAACUGAGUAAACCAUCUGGAUUAUCUGAGCUUGCCAUUUCAUUUAUUGUCCGUGAUACUCUUUCUGCCUUAGAAUAUAUUCAUAACCAGGGAAUAAUUCAUCGAGCUAUUCGCGGUCAACAUUUACUAGUUUAUGGUCCUCACGGAAGAUGUUUAUUAACCGGUUUUCAAUAUGCGACAAGCUUAAUGCAUGACGGAAAAUUACUACAAUCAAUCCACACAUACCCUAACAAUGCUAAACCCAAUCUUAAUUGGCUUGCUCCUGAAUUAUUGGAGCAAAACCUUCUUGGUUAUACAACAACUUCUGACAUCUAUUCUCUUGGUAUAACCUGUUGUGAGCUUGCUAAUGGCUGUGUUCCGUUUGCUGAUCUUCAACCAACUGAAAUGUUAUUAGAUAAAUUAACAGGAAACUUUCCUAGACCUAUUGAUUCAAAUUGUGCAGAGCUCUUUGAAUUGCCUACUGACGAUUUAAGUGAAGAAGAGCGAGUUCGCUACGAAGUUUAUCGGAACCGUUGUUUCAGCAAUCAUUUUCAUUCUUUCACCGUUGAGCUUUGUCUCCAUCAUGAUCCAGGCAAAAGGCCUGCUGCUGUUCAAUUGCUCAGCCAUAAAUUUUUCAAACAAUUAAAGAAACUGGAUACUGGUAUUAACUUGCUGACAGUGUUGGAUAAGGGUAGCUGAUAAUUAAUCUCAUCUCUAUUUCUCUUCAUUUUCUUCUCUGUUGUAAACUUCAACUGUUGUUUACCUGUAAUCAUCAGUUAAGUUUACCUUCAAAGCCAUUUAAUUAAUUUCACGGUUAUUUUUCAGUCACAGCGACUCAAAAUGCAUAAAAACAUGGAUAGAGACAAGCAUAAUAUUAAACUUGCCUCUAAAUUAUUCUAGUUUUCUAGUUUAGUGAACGAAAAACAAAUCGACAGAAAAGUGUCUUAAUCAACUGAUUCAUUGGACAAACGCAAUUAUAAACAGUUUUGCCAUUUAAAAGCUAUUGGUAAAAGACAUUCACUCAAUUGUUUUGUCCUAUCAUCUUUAUUUUUGUGCCAUCAUGUUAUCAGAAUUAAUUAUACGUUGCAACAAAAUUCAUUUCGCCUGGUUUGUGGGAUCCUUAAAUUUUUUGUAUCGGUACUUAAAUUUUCCAUUAUAAGAAUGUAGAGUAAAUAAGUAAAUAUUCUUACCAAUUCUAA